AUGCACCUGUGCCGUCGCCAUGUCACGAGCUCUGAUGUGGAACCGUCCAGCCAUGACUUUUGGGCCGAAUUACUUACUAACCUUCGCAUCUCUGAGGCGAAGCAGCCGUCAUUCACGAGAAUGAUGCCGUGCGACAAUGCUUCACCGGUUGUGGCCGCCACAGAUGUAUCGCAGCAGAGUCGUCAACGAGCUGCCACAGAUGUAGCGCCUUCAACUAACACGCCGUCGCUGAUCCAUCAAAGUCCAUCGAUGCCGCCAACGAUGUUGAAGGCAAUGGGAGAGCUGACAGUUCGUGGCUCAGCUUCCUCAACAGGAGAACGGGACUCUCCGAAAAUGACCAAAUCGGCUACUGGUAACACUCUGAUUGCUACUCCACCGCCUUCUGCUGGUCUUCCUCCUGUAUCAGCUCCAUCUCAAACGUAUGCGCCCUCCUCAGCCCUGCAAUCAUCGGUGACUCCGUCUGAACAACGUGGUAGCACUGCAUCUACAACAUCUACCACUACUACCACUACUGCAGCCGUCGCUGGUGCCAGCGCUACCGCAUUCCCACGCAACACUCGAAAUCGGCAGACGUUUCAUGGCAAGACCGACUACAACAAGGUAAACUGCAGCAGCGUAACCUGCAUGCGACGGCUGCCAAUCACACAAACACUUUCUUUUGCACUAUAUAAAUGUGGGUCGAUUGGGGAGGAUAUUGAUCUCGUGAACGGUGAAGAUGAAGAGUCCGAGGGUGAACAAGCUCCCGCUGGUCAGUCCAUAGGUAAUGGUCAAAAGGGAGGAUUCUUUCUCUCGAAGCUCACGAAACUCACACGACGGUACGUUUGA